ACCAGCAAAGUUCAAGUUUCAACCUCAUUACAAAAGACUGUGUCAUUGAAUUGAAAACCAUAACAAGUUUCUACGAAGAAAAUUGUAGUUUACUUACGAAGUACUUUCCUUUUGUUUUGCUAUGGAACUUCGCCAGCCAAAGCCUACGAUAUUCUUGCGCGAUAAUGAAGGUGCUAAACCCCUCGCUAGUGAAAGAUCGGAAUACGAAUUCACUUCGAUCUGAAAUUCAGACAAUAUGGCAGAAUUUCUUAUCCAAGCCCAUGAUUUUGUACAACAUUUGAACCAAGACCACUUUCAAUAACUUCUUUCAAAUCUUUAAAUGUAUUUUCACACCUCUCGUCGCUUUGUUGGCUCUUUAGCUGAUUUUCUUAGCAUGUCUUUGAAAUUGUGAAAAGAAAGACUUACGAAAGACACAGUAUGCUUGAAGUUGUAGCACAUCCUCUUCGGACAUAUUUCAAUCAGUUCAGUGGAAACUGAUUAUGAUUAUACGGGUACACAGUAAAAGAAAAAUGAGCUACAAAGCUAAAUCUUUAAUCAAUUGUUUCAUCAAUUUAAACGGCGUAUUCCAGAGGUUCAUGGUAUUUGCGAUCUAAACGAGAAUACAACUUCAGCUAAGUCUUCCAGCAUAAUAAAAAAAACUUUUUAAGAAUAAAAAACGUUAAAAUAUGUAAACGAUGUGAACAAACGACAAAAAAACGAGCUUUGAAAGUUGGACAAAUUUUCUUUAGACUAGCUAAUAUCUAUUCUAGUCUGAAAGCUUCUUUUAGAUAUUUUGCAAUAGAUAAAGUGUUGUCUGCGCCCUCAUUUGCUAUUAUCAGUUGAAAAGUUUCAGUUUUGUUCUUUAGAUUGUUAAUUAGUUAUGAUGUUUGAAGCUCUUCUACUUGCCUUCUCUCCUGCUGAUAACAAUAGAAGGGCAAUGUCAUAAAGAAAUAAUCCAUUCCCCCCUAUUCUUGCUGAAUUCCUUUCAUUUCACAUUUUUCAAUUACCUGAAGACUUUUCUUUCCUAAUCAUGAAUUCUCAUGCCAAACUCUUCCGUCAAGUCUCUUGGUGCCUCAGUGGUGAGCAAUAAAUUCUUCUAUACGGAUACUCAACAGCAAAUAUAUCAAGGCAUGAAGCAGAAAAGUCGUUAUAAUCUCAAGUUUAAUGGUCUAGAACGUAAUUGAUCAGAGUAUGCUAACUUCUGUUCAGGUCUUGUUGCACUUAGGAACCGUUCAGUUCAACAAACUAGAACCUUUGUUUUGUCAAGGAAACCACACCACAGGCACGUUUUUCAGUAUUAACAAUUUUCUGAUGUUAUUCACUCUAAAGAAAGCUGGUGAAGUGGGCAGCCCAUCUCUUGCCAAUUUGUUAAGUCACGAAAAGCGUUGUUAUGCAACUACAACGCAAAGAUAAAUCGAAUUUCCUGAUGUUUCGUUUUUCUUCUUCCUUUUCCUGUUUCAUUCGCAAUGUCUCUUCAUUGGAAUAAUAGCCUUUGACGUAUUUUAAAAAAAUUAUACGCCAAGUGAUAAACAAUAAGAUGGAGAAAUCCAAUUUAGGGAUUGAGGCAGCAUCGGUUUUGCAGCUGGUAACAAACAGCUCUUAAUUUAACAAAAACGUCAUCAAAAUAAAAUUGAAAGACACGACAUUGUGAAUCUGUCACUCGAUGAUUGAAUCGACUUUAUCAAGUCUCUUUUCCGUGUCAGGUCAUGUUCUAUUUGCAUGUGGGCUUGAUAAACAAAACAUUGUUGCUUUCCUCUCUCCUCAACUGUAAUACACAAAACAACAGUUUUCUCCGAUCACUUGGUACAGCGUCAUCAUAAUGGUGUCGAAUAACGAUCAAGUCAGGAUCGUUGUGCUUGGCCUUCAAGAAGUCGGCAAAUCAGCGCUAACAGUGAGGUAUUUAACAAGAAGAUUUAUAACUGAGUAUGCAAAUGGGAUUGAUUCAGCAUACGUUCACAAUAUCGCAGUUCGUGGAAAAUCAAUUGAUGUUAAAAUCAUAGAUCAUGGAGUCGAGCGGGAUCCUUCAGAACUCAUAAGAUGGGCAGAUGGAUUCAUUUUGGUUUACUCGAUAGCAAGCAGAGAAAGUUUGGAAGAGGCUAAAUGUCUAAAAAAGAACAUUGAUGUUAUAAAGGGACUUACGAAUCGGUCGUGCUGUGUCCUUGUUGGCAAUAAGGCGGACUUGAGACGGCAGCGGCAAGUUACCACUGGGGAGGCUAUCAAAGUAGCUUACGAUAUUGGUUGCAGGUUCUUUGAAGUAUCCGCUGCGGAGCAGAUUGAGCAAGUACACGAAGUCUUUAAAUACACAAUUGCAAGAACGCUCGAUCGCAAAGAACGGGCUGUCGUUGAAAUGACACGGGUUAUCAAACCUCAUGGCGCUUUAGAAGGGGGCAAGCGCAUUUUUGGCAAAAGACUAGGGAUGAGGAAUAAAUCAAGAGACAGGACGAAAACUUUAUAGCUACGAAUGGUCAAUGUCUUUGUUGAUGUUCAAUGCAAUAUGCAAGCUGGCAGUUCAUGUCUAAGGGCCAGAGACGGAAUCAUGGUGCCCAGUGGACUGGGCGCAUGAACG